AUGCCGCCUAAAGGACGCCGUACCAAGAAGGGUAUGGAGAACGACCAUGAAAUCACGGAAGAAGGCUUACCUGUGACACCAUCCGCUGGAGGGGAGAUCAGGGACAAGGCGGCUGUUGUGAAUGGACCGUUUGAAGACUUGCUGGACCUUCAGAACGCCAAUGGGCAAGGGAACUCGUCAGGAAACGAUGUGGCUGAUGCAGACGCACCUGCUUUGGAUCCGACGGAAAAAAAUGGUGAUGCUGCUGCCGGAGGUGACAAUGCUGCUGACAAUGAUGCAUCUGGCGACGAUGAUGCAGCGUCAGAAAUGGCUCCUGAUGACGGAGAUGACGGUUACCUGAGCGACGACUCGGAUGAACACCUCGAGCCGGAUUCGCUUAGCACUGUUAUUGCACUUAAGCGUUUCUCCUUAACGCUGCUGGUGCCUUUUAACAGGAAAGCCGAGGUGACUCGUGCAGCAGUCACGAUUGCUGCACUGCUUGAUGACUGGAAAGAUCAGCUCUCACCUGACGCGCUCCAGACCACGACUUAUCAGGAGCUCUCCGCGAUGCAUCUUUCGCGCAGGCAUUUCGGCCGCUUGCAAGUCACUUUUAACCAUGUCCGGGACGCUAACUUUGUGUGGAAUCAGGUUAUCAAUCAUGAGUGCUUGAAUGGUGACUGCAUCAGCCUUACCUGGCAGCACCCCGAAGACGCGCGUUUCCUGCGCGAACGCAUUCUCAACCCAACCGCUAAGGAAGUGGUGCUGAAAGGGGUUCCGGCUGACCUUACCGCGGAGCUGAUCCGCCGCUUGCUGGUGGUUUCGAAGUUGAACCUGAGCAUGGCGCCACACACGGUCCUGCUGGGGGACCUCAACAUUGUAGCAGAUCCUGUGCUGGACAAGUCAUCUAAGUUGGGGACGCUGGCAGAAAAUCAGAGGCUUCUGCAGAUCUGUUCGGGGUGGGACCUGCAAGUUGCUUUCCGCAGUCUUCACCCGUGUCGUAAGGAGUACACCUUCUUCUCAAGAUCUGCGCGCACAAGCACAAGGAUAGACUGGAUCCUAGUGUCACACUCUCUUCUCAGCUGCGUGGUGGAAGCGAAACAUACCAUGGUCCCAUACGGAUUGACAGACCACUGGUUCGCUGUGGCGAUGUCGCUCAAGUCGGCUUCGUCGGAAGAGAACGGCCCGGGCUUGUGGAGAUUGCAGGCCCCCCAGGCCAGCGGUGACGGAGCCAGGAAUAUAAUCUCGGCGGUCUUGGACGCGCAGGAGAGUCGAGCUGAUCAGGGUUUGGAGCGGUUGCUUGCGAAUCUGCGAGCAGGCAUGAGGGCACAUGUGGCGGAGGAGAGAAAGCGGAUAAGGGCGACGAUUGUUUAUCUGGAGAGGAAAGUGGAAAACCUACGCUGGAGGGUGAUGGCUGAUCCGUCAGCGCAGGAUGUAUAUGAGGAACUAGUGAAAAACGAGGUAGCGCUGAAACUCUACCAUGACAGCAACAGGGAGAGGCUGCAGGUCAUGACGGGUGUGCUGAUGGAGUUAGCGGGUGAGACGCCUUCACCUUUCCUGUCAGGCCUGGUCAAAUCAAGGAAGGCGAGGACGGAGGUCAGCAAGCUCUGUUUCAAAGGUCGGCGGUAUAAGGGCGCAAGAGAGGUGCUGAUGGCUGCAUCAACAUAUUUCAAGGAAGCGUAUGAGGCCCCUCUCCAGCAGAGUCUUACCGAACCGUGGCCGAUAGAGGAGGGGUGCACUCUACGGGACUCUGACAGGGCUCAGCUCAGUCGGGGGUGGACGGAGCAGGAGGUAAAGGCGGCGCUCAAAGGUCUCCCAUCAGGAAAGGCUCCUGGACAGGAUGGGUUGCCGAAGGAGUUUUUCGAGCGUAACUGGGACCUGCUGGGGCCGGCGGUGCUGAAGGAGAUACGAGCGUUUGAGCUGUCGGCGGAACUCUCGGAAGCUUUCACUACUGCAGUCACAAUUCUCCUGCACAAAAAAGGCGACAAGGAGUCAAUAGGCAAAUACCGCCCGAUUACUCUGCUGAGUUUUUUCUACAAGCUGCUCGCGAAGGUGCUGGCAAAUAGGAUUAAAGUGGCCUUACCGCGGGUGAUCUCCCCGAACCAGUUCGGCUUCCUCCCCGGCAGAAGCUUGAAGGAAGCAGUAUCACUGGUAGCAGACGUGAUUGACGCAGCGGCGGAAGGAGAUGAGGACUGGCUACUUCUUCUCGUGGACUUUCAAAAAGCGUACGACUCGGUGUCUCGGGAGUACCUGUUCAAGACACUGAGGGACAUGGGUUUCCCCGACAAAUUUAUAAAGUGGGUGAAGGGUCUGCAUGAUGGUGCUGCCACGAGGCUCCUACUCAACGGCUGGUUGGGGGAUCGAGUGGAGAUGCUCAAGGGAGUGCGGCAAGGGUGCCCGCUCGCACCGUACUUGUUUCUUUGCGCCGUCGAGCCACUCUGCCAGGAGGUGGAGAGGAGAGGGCUUGGAGUAAGGAAAAGAGGAGUGGCUGGGGAGUUGGCGUAUGUCGGUUAUGCUGACGAUACUACACUGGUGCUGAAAGGAAAGGAGCAGGUGGUAAAGGCGAAGUCCCUGCUAGACGACUUUGCUGCGAUCUCGGGGUUAAAGAUAAACAGAGAGAAAACGAUACUGAUGCCGCUGGGGAUUAACAGGAGACGAGUGCAGCCGGACGACUCACCUUUCAAUUGGGCGACAAAAGACGUACCAGAGCGGCUGCUCGGAGUGUGGAUUACGUCUGGGGGGUUGCCGGUGCCGGCUUGGGAUAAAGCUUUCGAGAAGGUGAGCGCGGUGUUGAGCUGCUGGGCAUCGAAACACCUGAAGACUUCGGCGAGAGUCACCAUCAUAAACUGUUACGCGAUGCCGAUUCUUCCUUUUCAAGCGCAGAUUUACGCUCCACCGCACGACAUAUGGAAGAAGGUGCAGCGGCUGAUCCACAGCUUCAUCACAGAUGGCAAGUCACUAUUUGACAGGCACUUCUUCUUGUGGAGCUAUGAGCUGUCAUGCAGGGAGCGGAAGGAGGGGGGGUUAGGGGUUAUCGACCCAAAGCACAGGAUCAACGGCAUGGUUAUUCAAAACCUUGGAAAGGCAGUAGCGGAGUAG